CAAUCACUCGUCCCGUGUCGAACGUCGGGACGAACACAUUCAACGGUCGCUCUUUUUCAAAAACCAAGAUCAGUCCAACAUUCGCAUUUAUUAGCUGAAUCUCAUUAAUCCCGCAAUUGGAGAAUUCCACCAGUUCAAUUGGCAAUUAAAAAUUGGGUAAAUCCAUCGUUUAUUGAGGAUCUGUCGCGGGAAAAUGAACGCAGCAGGAGGCAAGGCGCCAGGGGCGCAGCCCAUCCAGGAAUACAGUAUUCGUGUCCCUAAGACAUCCAAAAAGAAGCACAACGUGAUGCGUUUCAACGGAAAUCUCCGUGUUAACUUCUCGGAAUGGGCCCAGGUGAAGAUGGAGCGUGAGAACAACAUGAAGGAGUUCAAAGGGAUCGACGAGGACAUGCCGAAAUUCGGGGCUGGGUCAGAGUUCGGGAGGGACGCGAGGGAGGAGGCAAGGAGGAAGAAAUUUGGAAUAACGAGUAAGAAGUACAAACCAGAGAAUCAACCCUGGAUUUUGAAAGUCGGUGGGAGAACUGGGAAAAAGUUCAAGGGCAUCAGAGAGGGUGGAGUCAGUGCCAAUGCGGCUUAUUACGUGUUCACUCAUGCCUCUGAUGGUGCUAUCGAGGCAUUUCCACUUCAAGAAUGGUACAACUUCCAGCCGAUCCAGAGGUACAAGGCUCUCAGCGCCGAGGAAGCCGAGGCAGAGUUCAGUCGUCGCAACAAGACCAUGAAUUACCACGCGAUAAUGGUUCGCAAGCGUCUGAGGAACGACGAGGAUGGCAACGAGGAUGACGCAGAGUUGGCAGAGGGUGGCAAGAAGGCUAGAGGAUCCAAAAAGGAGAAGGAGCUAAAGAUCUCCGAGAUGGAUGAGUGGAUGGACAGUGAUGACGAGGACUCUGACAGCGACGAGGAGAAGGAGAAAAAGGCAUCUGACGACGAGGCUGAUGGGGGCAAGAAGAAGAAGAAGAAAGGAAAAGUGGUUCCAAAAAAGAAGAAGAAAAAUGCAUCAGACGAUGAGGCAAUCGAGGAGAGUGACGACGGAGACGAGGAAGGGCGCGAAUGCGAUUACAUAUCGGACUCGACAGAUUCCGAAGCGGAGGCAGAGAGCAACAAGAUAAAAUCAGUAGCCGAGGAGGAUGCCCUGCGAAAAUUAUUGGCAUCCGACGAUGAGGACGAGGAAGAGCAGAAAGACAAGACCGAGAAGGAGGAUGAGUCUGACAACGACGAGAACAAGGACAAGGACGACAAGGAGAAGACCAAGGACGGUGAGAAGCGAAAGGACAAGGACAAGAAGAAGAAGAAAAAGCAGAGUGCCAGUAAGAAGAAGGACUCAGCCAAGAAAAAUGGAAAGGAGUCAUCCAGCGAUUUCUCCAGCGACUCAGACACUGACUCUGACGCUGCCAAGGAUAAGGAUAAGAAGGAUAAUAAAGUCCAUAGUGCACAGAGCUCGAGAUCAGCUACACCAGUCCCCGGUCCCUCCAGUGCUGACAGUCUCAAGAGGAAGAUGACAUCGUCCCCUGAUAUUUCGCAGUCCAAGAAAUUCAAAUUGGAUAACUUCAAUUCUGCUCCUUCGUCCUCUUACAUUCCUGGAUUGAGUGAAUCUGGAAUCACCGAGGAUGCAGUGCGCCGUUAUCUGACACGUAAACCAAUGACAACAACAGAGUUGCUGCAGAAGUUUAAGUCGAAGAAAACAGGCCUCAAGUCCGAUGACUUAGUCAAUGUUAUGACAUUGAUACUGAAGAAAAUAAAGCCAACUCAACAAAUAGUUAAAAAUAAAAUGUAUUUAUCGAUAAAGCCUCAACCGCACUAGAUCAUUUCUCAUUAUUAUUUUGUUGGAGGUACUUCUGAGUCUCUGAAUCUGCAUAAAAGAAUACACGAACUCAGUUUAUUUCAAUGUCAACUCGUCUUUGUGCCUUCUAUUUUUUUUUAUUUUCAGAAAUUCAAUUUGUGGUGAUGAAAAGGCUGUUAGGGAUUUAAUUUAUACACGAAGGAAAACAACAUGUGAAUUGAAUGGAAUAGAUAUGUGAACUUAUCACUCAUGAAACUUAAUCUUUAGUGUAUAAUCUAGAAGAAAAUCAUUGAUGGUUAUCGUCGAAUUUUGAUUGAAUGGGAUGAGAAAACUAGAUAGAAAAAAUUCAAUAGAUUUUCCCCAUUAGAUUAAUCAUCAUUAUUAUUUUCUUGAAGGUCUUUCUGAGCCUCUUAAUCUUCAUAAAAGAAUACACGAACUCGAAAAGUCAUUGAUAAUUAUCAUGGAAUUAUGAUUGAAUGGCGCGAGAAAACUAGAUAUAAAAAAUUCAAUAAAUUUUAAUUAUUCUGCAUGAUUUAUUCUCCCUAGAUUUUCUUUUACCCAUCACAAAAUCAAACAAUUUUCGCAGUAAAAAUGUCAAUAGCAUGAGUUAUAUAAAAAAUCAACAUCUAUUGACUUUUUUCUAUUGAAUAUGAAUUAUUAAAAAAUUCCCGGAAUAAAACGCAUAAUUUUCCAUCAAAUUUAUUCAUCGAUCGACUCCAAACGAGUAAUUGUAAUCAACCGAAAUGAUAAAUAAA